UGCUACUAACUUUGCUUUUGUAGAUUUUCUUGAACAUUACUCUUAAAAACCAGUUCAAUAUGAAAAAAAUUACCAUUUUAUAUGCUCAAAAACUAAUGGAGGACUUGAUGGAAUCCUCAUCAUCAUCGGAUGAAGAUGAUGAAGUGUUUGCUGUGCUAAAGGCAAUAGAUCAGCAACGAUCCCAAGACAAAUCUAAUGAAGAUAUAGAAAAUGAUGUUAUAAAUGGAAUGAAUCAGCUACCACGGGCAGAAAACACAAAUGAAGAUAAAUAUAUUGAGCAGUCAUCAGAAGAAAGGAACAAUAAAGAUAAUGAAAUCGAUGAGUUAAAUGAAAUAAAUCUGCAACUAGAUGCAGAAAACUCGAAUGAAGGCAAAGAUGCUGUUGCAGCAUUGGCAGGACAAAUUCAGGAAGGGAAAUAUGUAACAUUUGAGGACAAACUAAUGAAUAUGAUCUCUGAAAGAAAUUUUAAGCAUAAUGUUCAUGUCAGUAGAGCAACUGCUAUUUAUCUAAUGGAGAAAUAUUCCCUAUGGUAUUGUAAAAGUCCUUAUAAAAGUAGCAAAGAGAAAUCAGCGGUGGAAACAGAUAUACUGUGUUAUUUAUGCUUUUGUGGCAACGAAAUCAGUUUUCAAUCUGUUGCACAACGGUUUAACAUAUCAUUAGCACAUAUGAACAAGUCCUUUAAGAAUGUCUUACAAUUUAUAAUAGACGAAUUGGCUCCUGAUAUUAUAAAGCUUCCAAAUUCAAAUAAUGAUAAAGAAAAGAUUGCCAAUGAGUUUGAGAAGGUUGCUGGUUUUCCAAAUGUCCUGGGUUGUGUGGCCGAAAGCUAUUUUCCAGUAAAAUUCAACAAAUUAGCUCAAUUCUGUGGAGGUUCCUAUAUAUACCUGCGAGGAGUAUGUGAUUCAAAGGCAAAAUUUAUAAAUGUAAAAACUGGCAUUCCUAGAGAAAUAACUGACUCAUUCUUGGAAAAGGAUAUGCCAGAAUUGUGCUCUCCGAAUUAUCAUUUGCUGGGAGACUUGAAAUGUCCUAUAAGGGAAUACCUUAUGAUACCUUUUGACAAUGAUGGUAAUUUAAGUGAUUCAGAAAAAAAUUUCAACAUUAAACUUAUUCGUACUCAUGUUAAAGUUAAGAAUGCAUUUGGUAUCUUAAGAAGUCGUUUACAACAAUUAAAGUAUUUAGACUUCGAUACUGUGGAAACAGUGUCUGAAUUUAUUGUUAGCUGUUGUGUUCUUCACAAUAUCUGUAUUGAUAGGGAUGACUUUCAUAAUGAAGAAAUUUAUACCGAUGUAUCCGAUCGACUUUAUAGUAGUUCUUUGGCCUCUAUUAAAAAUGACGAAUUUCUGUCAGAUUUAGGACUAAUGAAAAGAUUCGAACUUAAACAUGUAAUGUUUAGCGCUAAAACUUAAAAACGAUUUUAUUUGUACAUUUUUCUUUGUAAUAAAACACUUGUAUUUAUUUAA